CCUGCAGUACUACGCGUACACUCGCCGGAAGGAGUGUGAUACACGAGGUACUUGGAUUGAGAAGCACACAGUCUGAGUUACCCAUUCUGUGGUCAGCGCGAUGCCCAAGGCCAAGGGGAAGACCCGGAGGCAGAAGUUCGGUUACAAUGUUAACCGGAAGCGUCUGAACCGAAAUGCUCGACGGAAGGCAGCGCCGCGGAUCCAGUGCUCCCACAUCCGACAUGCCUGGGACCAGACCAAAUCGGUGCGGCAGAACCUGGCCGAGAUGGGUUUGGCUAUGGACCCCAACAGGGCGGUGCCCCUUAUUAAGAGAAAGGUAAAAGCCAUGGAGGUGGACAGAGAGGAGAGGCCUAAGGAGCUUGUGAGGAAGCCUUAUGUGCUCAAUGACCUAGAGGCAGAAGCCAGCCUUCCAGAAAAGAAAGGAAAUACGCUGUCUCGGGACCUCAUUGACUAUGUUCGCUAUAUGGUGGAGAACCAUGGAGAGGACUAUAAGGCUAUGGCCCGGGACGAGAAGAAUUACUAUCAAGAUACCCCAAAACAGAUUCGAAAUAAGAUCAACGUCUAUAAGCGUUUUUAUCCAGCGGACUGGCAAGCCUUUGUUGAUUCUUUGGAGAAGAAUAAGAUGGAAGUUGAUUGACUGGUUUAUGCCUGCCCCACGUUGAGGCUUCCUUCUGGACCAGAGAAGCUGGAGCCAGGAUUUAAGGCAAGGAGGGGUAUGCAGCUCCAGAUGAGGCUGACCAGACCCCCUGGGAUCAAAAGGUUAUAUGCACACAUAAACACAUGCAAUCUUUCUCACACUUUGCUUUGGGGAAGGUACUGUCUCCCGGAGGCUCCGAUUUUGUUCUUCUGGGGGCUCUGGGAAAAGCCAGAACUUGCUGUUCUCAAGAGUGGGUAGUUGGUUGCAUAUAGUCUAUAUACAAUAAAAUACUCUAUUUUACUUUUCUGAUGGUUUUGUAUUUGCCCCUCUCAGCCAGGCCCUGGGACUGCCCCUGCAAAAACCUACCAGGAGAGAGAGGCGCUCCAGCCCUUUUGUUCCACAUUCACAUGCCCUCCUAGCACAGCUUCCCUCUUCUGUGCCGUGGUUUCCUGCAAGCAGUUCCACUAAUGCUUCUACAGAAGCCUGCUGGCAGCCCCCGGCUGCUGGCAAGGGGCCUGCAUUGCCAUUGCUAGCUCCCCUCCAGGCUGGACCUGUCUUCAUGGCCCAGCUGUGGCUCAGUGCCAGAGGGUGAGGAGCUGUACAGCUGCCUCCUGGUCUGCCUUCAAGUGACCAGCCCUGGCUGCUUAUCUUUCUUGAAGGGACUCUGAGCCCCCAAACCUGCUUUCUGAGACCAUCUGGUGGACUGCUGAAUACCACUGUGCUGUGCCAAGCACUGGGCUACAUGCUGCUUGGCCAUUCCGUGGGGCCAGCCUUCCUGAUUCAGUGGCACGACCAGCACAUAGCAGGAUCACAGACAAGGGGCGGUCACUGGGCAUUUUCUCAUUCUGAUACUUCAUCCUGAGCAGUUAAUACAAAAGUCUUGUUCCUAUAGUUUCUCCUUAAAGCACAUAAAAUCUCCUCCUUAAUGUUUUUGAAAAGAAGGGCUUUGUGGCAUUCCCGUCAUGGUGCAGCAGAAACGAAUCCGACUAGGAACCAUGAGGUUGUGGGUUCGCUCCCUGGCCUCACUCAGUGGGUUAAGGAUCUGGUGUUGCUGUGAGCUGUGGUGUAGGUUGAAGACGGGGCUCGGAUACUGUGGUGCUGUGGCUGUGGUGUAGGCCAGCAGCUGCAGCUCCCAUUUGACCCCUAGCCUGGGAACCUCCAUAUGCUGCAGGUGCAGUCCUAAAAAAAAAAAAAGCAAGAAAAAGAAAGACUUAUUAUUACAUAAAACAUUUCACGUAGAGCCCUGAAGCUUGAGAAGUGUUAAAAAGUGGGGCUUGAAGUCAUCUGACGACUCAGCUUAGACUUUUGGCUUGCUAACUUUGGCUUCACGGGCUGACUUUGGCCCCUGAAGGCAGCUCACCUGUCCCACGCUGUUAAGGCAGGCUGGAAACUGGACAGAAGCUUCCCUAACGGGCCCGGCCUGCUGACUCCAGCAGUGACUGGCCACUGUGGCCAAGAGCACAGCCUUCAGGUUGGAGUCUGCAGCAAGGCUCCUGAGGGCCCUAGUGAUUUGGCAUAAAUCCUGUCCUUCACAGCAUUCCAAAUUCAGACCUUGACCAGGGUGGGCCCUUACCUUGUUUCUUCACCCAGUUUGGGUGCCAGCUUUAUGAAGCUUUCCCUCCCACUCUCCCCCGCCUCCUGGCUAUUAAGUGUCCUGGAGUCCCCACACCCCAGACUUCCUGUAGUGGUACCUAUCACAGUCAAAUAGCUUGACAUCCCCUACCAGCCUGGCUUGGUUGCUAGGAACUUGUCUGGGAAUCCGAGCCCAGUGCAAAGGCAGGCGCUAGGGGGGUAUGGUGGAAUGGCGUGGCCUCCAUUCUGGCCUCUGGCACUGAGGCAGUCAAAAGACCUCCUCGUUCCCGUUUCCACAGCCUGGCUCUGGCCCCGUCAGCUACAUGACCUCCCCCAAAGUACUGAGUUAGGUCAAAGCUGGUGAUCCUGAGCCCCUGACCCCUGUGUGGACUGAGGAGCCAGGGGACUGGGACUUGCUGUUUAACAAGCUGUCACAGGAAGGGUUCUGGAACCGUUCUUCAUAGCUGCCCAUCACUGAGGCUGUAAGCACCAAGCACACGCCUCUCAAAAUCAGGAUUCACAUGAAGCCAUAUCUGAAUUUUUUGGCAUUUAUUGUGUACCUCAAACAGCCACCAACACUCCAUUUUAUGCAGUUUGUGGGUCCGGGUUUGCAGGGCAUGGGCUGGGACGGCGAGGACUUCCAGAUCUUUGAUGAAAAUCUUCCCCUUGUCCCUUAAUGAGCCCAUCUCCCGGAGGCCGCAGGAAAAAUUGGAGGUUCCCUUUUUCAUGAGACUAGGAAGGACUUGAGGAUGAGGAUGUGUGAGCUGACCUUCCAGGUCGGAGGUCUGGGGUGGCUGCACAAGGGCCACACCACAGGCGAGUUUCAGCAGCUGGUUCCAUGGGCUGGCAGUUGCUACUAAACUAGCGUUAAGAACACAAUGUUUAACAAAUGCAACUGGAAACAGAUUUUCAUUCAGGCAGACAGGCUGGAGUUGUGGGAUUUUUCAUCAGAACUUGCCUGCAGAGGACCAGGAAGCCAUGAGGCACUGACCUCACCUCCUCCCCAGUUCUUACAGCUGGAUACCUCUGUGUCUACACAGGCUUACAACGGGCAGUUCUGGGCACCAAAAGGUGCCAGAGGAGGGGUCUUGGGAUAGGCAGCCAUUCCAGGGUACUGGUCCCAGCAGCCUCAAGAGCCCUCUUGCUCAGGCCAUCCACAUGUCCAAGCUCUGGGCCCUAUUGACCUCUCCUCAAAGGGAGGGCAGCAGGUCAGAAGCCACAGCUUCAUUUAAAUAACUUCAGAACAGAAGCCCCCAGGGCCAGGGUGAGUGAACCAGGCAGUUUCCACCAGCAAGUAGAAGCAAAAGCCUCCUUCCCACAUGAAGUGGGCACUGUGUGGUCAGCGCCCACCCUGGUCUCUUCGAGUCUUUAACUUUAGAGUAUGAGAGCUGCCCAGCCAUUUGCUCCUCAGUCCUAAGCUCAGGUAGGUGAGGAGCUGCAGAGUUGGGGUGGUGGGGGGAACAGUGUCACCCAGGCUAGCCAGGAACCUCACUUUGAGACAAAUAGCUCUAGGUAAUGGCUAGUUCCCCAGAGCAGUUAUCUAGGCUCCUAAACACAUCACCCUCAGGAACAAUCAGGUAAGAGCACCACGAGGCCAGGCAGUUAGCUGUUCUGAAGAAAGGCCUCUCCCCUCCUCUGCCCAGUCUGGUCCUGGUAGAAACCAGAGCAGAUGACUACUGGGCCAGCAGCCCCACCAGAGGAGCACACCCACAGGCCAAAAGAAGGUCCAUACACUCUGCACAGGGGCCAGAGGAGUGGCCCCCUGGACUUUCAGGGCCCCUCAACUGCUCUAUGUCCUCUGGUGUGGCACUGAGACCUGUCAGUUCCAAGUGGUCUCUGAAAGUUGCUCCAGGACAUACUGUUAAACUCUAUUCGAGUUCACCUCCCCACAGUGGGGAAUUUAAAAAAAACUGUACUAUAUAAUGCUACUCAUUAGGCCAAAGGCAGAUCUUAAUUAGUAGAAAAGGGUACCCCCUCAGCAAUGCUGGUUCCAAAGGUAACUUUCAAGGACUGGAGUUCAGAGAACAGAGAAGUCUCUCAACCCUCUAAUGACAAAAGGAAGUGUCAGCAAAGUUUCAAAGGCGACUCUAAAACCCAAGUCAUUCCUGAAAUGUCUAAAAUAAAAGCAGUCCAAUCACUUAAUGCAGAAAGUUAAUCAGAAUUGCAAAGAAUGAUUCUGAGACACCCGCACCACACCCUCCCACCCGGACCCCCUUUUGCACCAGCCACAGCAUAGAACUCAAAUAUACCAAGUAAAUGUCAAAUGAAACAAAGGCACGUAAUCUCUAUUCUCAAUUAAAAGGCAAACUGAGUUGGUUAUGGCCUCAAAAAAAAA